ACCGCGGCCCCACCGCCGGCCCUUGCACGCUGCGCGCUCGUGGGGGUGGUGCGUUCGGCCCUCCUCCUGCCGCGGCCGCGGCUCUCGGGCUUUGUUGUGAAGGCUGCACGCCGGCAGCUUGCCCGCGGGGGAGGAGCGCGCAGCUCUGAAAUGUUGGAGGAAAAACUGGAGCUAGUGCCAGAUCAAACAACUUGAGAAGAACAAAUGGAGAACUUGUCAAAAGAAACCCACAACCUGGGACAGAAAAAAGAAGACUUCUGUGCAGAAUUUCAGCUUCAUCCAAACUCCUCCACAAAAGCGGAUUUCUUCAUCCAAGCAGAAGAUGAAGUGCUGAAAUUUUCAGAUUUGUUAGUAACCAGUCAAGGAAGACCUCCAAAUAUGUGUGCUCAGUUCAGUUCCAGUCCUGGAGAAUCAAGUGCUGUAGAAAGAAGAGGGAAAAUGCUCCCUGAAUUUAUAUCCUCAUGGGAAGAUGCCACAGGUUUUGGUGGAAAGACAGAAACUUCAUUCCUCUUAAAAGAAUUGGACACUCUAAGGGCCAAAAAUAAAAAGCUUCAAGAUGAGGUGUUGGAAAAGGACAAGGAGUUGAAGACAAUAAAACUGGACUUAGAACUGCAAGAGAGAGCUACAGAAGCUAAGAUUGCAGAAAAGAUUGCAGCUCUGGUGGAAGAAGUUUAUUCUGCUCAACGGGAACGUGACAAGGCGGUCAUGGCAAGGCUUAGAUUAGCCAACGAAGAGAGAGAUGAAGCAUUUCUACGAGUCCGGCGUUUAGAAGAGUCACUGAAAGAGCUAGAAAAUAUUAACCCUGAAGAAAAUGACAUGACAUUACAGGAAUUACUGAACAGAAUAAACAAUGCAGACACAGGGAUAGAUAUACUCAAGAAUGGAGCUAUAAUUCUGAAUCGAAUACACAGGACCAAAGAACGUAAAAAGAAAAUAAUAGCUGAGGAAAUGAAUGCAGUGAUAGAACAACGGGAUGCUGCUUUGUCUCAAUGCAAACGGUUAGAGCAGGAGCUUCAUCAUCUGAAAGAGCAGAACCAGACUUCAGCAAACAACACGAGACAUCUGACUGCUGAAAACAAUCAAGAACGUGCUCUGAAGGCAGAAAUGAUAGCCCUGCAACAAGAAAAAGAAGCCACUCUUCAGCAGUGCAGAAAGUUAGAAGAAGAAAUCCAGAGAUUGCGUGUACAUUACAGUUUACACAAACCUUUGUCUCAAGGAGUGAGCCUGAAUGACUGGCUUCGCUGUGCUUUCAUUACUUCUGAAGGUGGCCUGAAAGACAGGGAGGACAUUGUGACCAUUACCUAUGGCCAGCUUAAGGACCUGGGAGCUCAGCUGCAGCAAGCUCAGUCCGAACAUCAGGACACCAAGCUGAAGCUUCAGAAAGCCUUGGAGGCUUUGAAGGAGGCCAAUGAGAAGGUCCAGAAGUUGGAAAGGCUGGUGGACGUCCUGAGGAAGAAGGUUGGAGCAGGGACCAUUAGGACCGUGAUCUGAUUGAAAGCUUCAGUCUAAGGAAGCAUUCACAUCUGGUGACCAGGCUGCUUCAUUCAGCACUGUGUAAACACUAAAGCCUUAACUUAGCAAACAGUUGUUAGAAGUGGGACACUCCAGCGACAUUCCAAGCUGAGAUAAAAUCAAAUCAUAAAUGUUUAACUACUUUGCUGCUGAGUUCUGUGAUUUGUUGAAAUGUUUCACUGCAAACAUAUAUUUGUUUUUAAGCAGAUGCAUUGUGGCUCUGUGUACUGUGAAAAAUGAUGUAGAUGCUUAUUUUAACAGUCUGUUCCAUCAGUGUUACUAGACUACAGUCUGCUGCAAGCAAGGCACAGUUUGACCGUGUGUUUAAAUACCACCAGCUUCAGGUGCAAAAUCCUGGAAAGCAGCUUCAAAAUUUGAAUUUUUUGUGUUAUUUAUGAAACUGCAAACAGUCUGGUAUUUGUAUAUUAAAUACAGUAAUUGAUAAAGUAAGUUUACAUUCAAGAAAUAGCUCUGUCCACUGUGUGGGAGAGUUUUUUCCUCCUUACUUAUAGCCCAUUGCAGCUAAUAACCGUAGCUACAUCUAAAGGAAGGAUGCACUUUUAUAGCUUUAUACAACACUUGAAUAACUACUGAAGUACAUGGUAUUUUCAGCAUACCUUCAAAAGAAAUGUACAGUUAGGUUUCACUGGAGGAACAACUGCAUAAAUAAUCAUAAAUCGCCGUGUGAAAGCCUGGUGACAUUGUGGGGUAUCUCAGACAGUGGGGAAGGUUUCCUGGUUUGUUGUUGGUUACUCCUCUGUCCUUCCCUAUAGGGUAGAUCCUUUAGAUGUUCAGAAAUCACCUUAUAGUCAAAACGCAUCUAUGUGGUAUAAGGUGAGUGGCUCACACAUUUUCUGCAAGGAUGUUUCCCCAGUUUUAUUUUGACCUCUGAUUGCUCUGCAGUGCAGGAGUACCAUCCGGGUUGGAUUGGGGGCCAGAAUGCCAGCCCUCUGCUUUGCUGACUCCCAAAGCACCCUGGGAGAGAACUUGAAGGUUGAAGGAUAAAAUCCUACAAAGAGGGAGGAAACAGAGGAGUGGGGAAAAAAAUUGCAGGUACACAGUCAUUGUAGACAUUACCCAACGAUAUAGGAGAGUUGGCUCUAGAUAUAUGUUCGGGAACAUAUUCUGCAUGUUUUUAUCACACAACUAAAGGCGAACUGAAGAGUCAGCUCAAGGCAGCUGCCCAACAAAUCUGGCCCCUUGCAGGGAAAUGAGUAGCAUUCCUUCAAGCCAAAUUUAUUCAGUGUCACUUCAGAAACUCCUGAUGAGCUCCUUUUUGACCUUUGUUCAAUCCUGAGAUAGCCAGUGAGACUGAAGUCUCUCCACAACAUUUAUUCAAUGGGAUGAAAGUUUCAUGCUUCUAGACCAGAAGUCCAUCAACCCAGCACCCAGCCCCUUCCACCUCUCUGGAGUGCUCCCAAUUUGCAUUCAGACAACUCUUUUUUCCAUUGCCUUUAUUGAAUCUUGGAUCACUAAUUGAAAGAAAAGAUCACCUGAGCUGUGAGCAAUGUUGAGCCAGUUCUGCUUCAGGAAAUGCUAUAACCUAAUUUUUCUACUACAAAAACGUUGAACAGCCAUUUCCUGUUCAUACCAUUUUUUCAUCCCUUAUGAUUUUAUGUAUUUUGCAUCAUUCACUCACCAUCUUCCAGACAGAAGCCUGAGUCUCUCAUAAAGGAGCAAUCUCAUGUUUUCAACUUGCCUUGUCAUGCUAAUGUAUUUUUUUCUAGUUCUUCUGUGUUUUUACCAAAAUAGAGUAGGAUUUGAGCAUGGUAUUCAAGCUGUGAUUUUAACAGAUGUCAUAAUUAUGUUUUCUGUUUUAUUCUGCAAGAUAUUUGUAAUUGUUUAAGCAUUAAAAUUUCUUUAGGAAAGCUUAUGUCUUUUAAGUUAGUACUUCUCUAAUAAGAAUAAUAAUAACUUUAGAUCUCAUUCUUCAGUUAUAAUAUCCAGUUCAGGAUUCAUCAUGGGGUGUGUAAGAUCAGAACAAAUCAGAAUCAUUUUCUGGACGUUCAGCUGCUGUGUUACAUUCCCUGACUGAUUACCACUUGUUCCUAUUCCACAGCUCAUCCUUACUGCUACAGGAACAGUGUACCAUCAGGAAAUAUCUCCAGAUUCUCUCCCUUUUCAAGGCAAUUUCUUACGGCCUUGAAGUAAGUUGAACAGCAUGGUGUCUGGCAAAGAUCCCUAUAGGACAGUAAGGUAGUUUACCUUCACUGUGAAAAUGAUACAUUUGUUGUUAGCUGUUGUUUUAAGCUAACUUUUAACUACGUGUUUUUCCAUGUGAAGAUUUUCCAUCUUACUCUUUUGGCAGCUGUGUUGAGGUAGCUUGUUUGCUGCUUGGGAAAUGCAAAUUUACUUAAUCACGGCUUGUUUUCCAUGCAUGAAUGUACUAGGCUCCUCCUCCCCAUUUGUAUCAGAAUUCCUCACCUUGUCCCAAGUCCUUCCUCCUCUCCAAUUACUGUGUGAGUGCAGGCUCCGUACAGCACAGCUGUUUGCCCUCCCUCCCCUUGCUUCAGCUGGCUUUGUUUAGGAACGUAGCAUCAGCAUACUUCUUAUUGUGGGUAACACUUGUUUCUGUACAUUUAUGUGGUAAAUUUCCUUCAUUAUUUUCUUUUUGACAUGUUGUACCUAAGGUAAAAAAAUAUUUCCUGAUUCUGUCUUACAUCUUGUACCAAGUCACCAUGAGAUGUAAUGAGCUUUUAAGAUAGCUUUUUUUUUAUAUCACCCUGCACAUAUAUUACUUUGAAUCAUAAUUAAAUUAGGUAUCAAUUUUUAAAAUUCAGAUAGAAAAGUUUGCUUUCUUUUGGAAAAGGCCUUGAGAAAUUGGCUGUGCUGGCAAGCAAAGAUUCUGAAGCAGUUGGGCUCUACCUCCUCCUUGCUCAUAGCCUGGUGUGUGGUCCUCAGCAAAUCCUGCAGUGACUGUUGUAAAAGGCAUGAAGACCCUCGAGAGGCACCUCUGUGGGUUAAUGGCAAAACACUUUCACUUCUUCACCCACUGCAGUGAAUGACAAAGGUUGGGCAGUUCCAGAAAUAGAGGCCCAGCCCUUGGUGCCUUCAGGUGGAUUUCUGGCCUCAGUGAACUCAGUCUGAGUUUUGUCUUUCAGUGUAAUGAGGGCAGGAACUCUGAUCUGGCAUGUAGAAAUAGGCAAUAAUGAUAACACAGAUUAAUUGGCUUUUGUUGUGCAGUUUAUUCAGUGAGAAGUGAUUGAUGUCUGUGAAAUGCUCUGAAGGCAGAGAAAGCCUGCCCUAUAUAGCAGACAUGGAGAAGUCACUUCUGUCCUAACUUGUGAAGAAAGAUGUGCUUCCAUCAGAUUAAGUAACAGAAAUAGCAAUUUGUUUUCCUCCUGGUGAUGAAAGGUGGCUCACCAUGGGCAAUGCUUAUGGUGACAGUUGUAAUUAUUGGUCAAAUUAGUGUCCCUCUUGUUUCAAAGAGCACUGAGAUGUUCAGGAAUACUCAACCCUUGUGAGAUUUCCUGUGUUUCUCUUGAUGAUCCUGCAGCAUGCUUGCAUUGGGAGCCAUUUCUGCAAUAUGCCAGGCUAAAAUAUGUAAAUAGCAUCAUGUUGGCUUGGGAUAAAAGCGUUAUUAAUGCUUUUCGGCACUGUAAUUAUAUUCAUAGUAAGCCUUCCCUAAGCCCACACUAAUUAACAAUAUUAUGACAAAUCAACUUUAACAGAAAAGAACUGUGGACCUUUAGUCAAUUAGUACUGUUUUCAUUCAGCCCAUAACCCAAAAUGAAUAGCGUGGUUUUCUGCACGAGUGCCAGGAAAACUACUGAUACUUGCAAAGUUCAGAGCCAGAUCAGUCAUGUUUGCAGAAUCCCAUAGAUGAAGUCAGUUUGAUUGUCCUUUAAAUGUAUUCACAAUAACACAAGAUUCACUAGUUAACCAUUAAUAUAGAGGAACAUGAAAACAGCUCUUAUGAAUAAGCCAUCAUAUUUAAAUAGUUUAGUAAUGUCAAUAUGUUGUCACUGGCGCACUUGUUUAUCAAUUUAUUCCAAAUCACAGGACACUUUACAGAUAUUCACCUGUAUUUUCAAAUUAAAUGGCUUUAUAAAUUUUCUUAUCAAACGGUCAAGAAUUAUAACAUUCUUAAUCCACAUAUACAAAUGAACUUGCUAUCUAAAUGUCGAGAUUCUUCUGUGCUAUCAUUUUCUUCAUUUAGAACACUUCCUGAUGAUUCUAGCAUUUUCUUCUUCUUUUCAACUUGUACACCACAAGAUUUUUGUCACAUACAGGAAUAAGCUGCAAGACGCAUUAAGUCUCUGACUGACAAUUUCUCUCAUAUUUCACUAUGAUCACAGUGUUAAUGUGCUGACUCUUAUCAUUGUACCAUUUCACAUCAGGUCUACAGAGCUGGACUUCCCUUGUUUGUUCUUCUCAUGCAUUGGUAAAUAAAAUGCAUUCACGAGUCCAAAAAACAAAGCAGUGUUCUCAUAUUAGGUUGAUUAUAAGUCAGCUGUUGAGCUUCACUGGUCUAAACAUUUCAUUCUUCAGUUUUGUUGGGAGCACACGUGUUCUGGGAGGCUUUUAAACAAAUGCUUGAAAUGGUUGAAAGAUUUACAUUGCUGGUGCCUAGCUAAAUAUGUAGUCUUUAGAAAAGACAUAGUUUAUUUUGGCACCAUUUGAAAAACUCAAAUAUUUUAAACAUUUGUUAAGUUCAAGCUUGCACAUUUCAACAAAAAGUUUGCAUUCCAAAAUUACA